UGCGCUUGCGCUUAAGGGGCGUGGCGGUCGCACCUGCGCGAGUUGGGCGAAGGAGGAGGGGCGAGGUGACGCAGGCGUAAUAAUAGAGAAGGUGCCAGAAAGAUCCAAAACAAGUGGCUGCGGCCGUCGCCUGGGAGUCGUGAGACGCCGGAAUUCGGCCCUGGUUCUGAGCUUGCUCUGCCCCGCUCCCCCGGGUAUGGCGCUGACCAGGUCGACCCCGGCCCCGAGCUGGGAGGAGGAUGAGUGUCUGGACUACUACGGGAUGCUAUCGCUUCACCGUAUGUUCGAGGUGGUGGGCGGGCAGCUGACCGAGUGCGAGCUGGAGCUGCUAGCCUUCCUGCUGGACGAGGUCCCGGGUGCCCCCGGCGGCCUGGCCCGCGCCCGCAGUGGCCUGGAGCUGCUGCUGGAGCUGGAGCGCCGCGGGCAGUGCGACGAGAGCAACCUGAGGCUGCUGGGGCAACUCCUGCGCCUACUGUCCCGCCACGACUUGCUGCCGCACCUGGCGCGCAAGCGGCGUCGGCCAGUGUCUCCAGAGCGCUACAGCUAUGGCUUGUCCAAUUCUUCAAGGAGGAUGGAGGGCAGCUGCCGUCGCCGUCGCCAGUCAAGCAGUUCUUCAAAUGCUGAGCAGGGUCAGUGGGAGACAGGUUCUCCCCCAACUAAGCGACAGCGGCGGAGUCGGGGCCGUCCCAGUGGUGGUGCCAGACGGCGGCGGAGGGGGGCUACCACCACUCCCCAGCAGCAGCAGGAGCUGGCCCGGCCCACCUCAGAAGGCAAAGUGACCUGUGCAGGGACCUCUUGUUUGUUUAUGUUUUUCAGAUGGGGAAACAGGCUCAGAGAGGUGAGGUCACAUGCCCAAGGCCCCACAGCUAGAGAGUGGCAGAGCCGGGACUCGCCUCAAGACAUCCGGCUCAGGGUUCGAGCAGAGUACUGUGAGCACGGGCCAGCCUUGGAGCAGGGCGUGGCCUCGCGGCGGCCCCAGGCACUGGCACGGCAGUUGGACGUGUUUGGGCAGGCCACCGCGGUGCUACGCUCCCGGGACCUGGGCUCCGUGGUGUGCGACAUCAAGUUCUCCGAGCUCUCCUACCUGGACGCCUUUUGGGGCGACUACCUGAGCGGUGCCCUGCUGCAGGCCCUGCGGGGUGUGUUCCUGACUGAGGCGCUGCGCGAGGCGGUGGGCCGGGAGGCCGUCCGCCUGCUGGUCAGUGUGGACGAGGCCGACUAUGAGGCUGGCCGGCGCCGCCUGCUGCUGAUGGAGGAGGAGGGGGGCCGGCGCUCACCCGAGGCCUCCUGAUCCUGGAUGCGGCAGGACUGACCCCACCUCCUCGCCUCUGGGCCGCCUCCUCCCUGGAGGAUGUGGACCGUCUCUGCUCCUAGAGGACUGUCACUCCAGCGGCGCCGAGGACUGCGACAGACACCAGGCCCCUCACCAGACCCUCCCACAGGAUGUGGGCUCUGAGGCCUAAACCACUUCCAGCCGAGUUUCCUUCCCAGCCUCCUCCACCCCCCACCCCACCCUGAGGUGUGUUCCUUCAGCUUCAGGAGGCCAGGGGCUCAGGCAUGCAGAUCUGAAAGGAAGGGAGGCAUAGCCCCUCUCACCAAAGGCCCCUUGCACAUUGUCUCCCAACCCUGGGCUGUGUGUGUGCACCCACACUACCCUCUCUGAAACCACCCCUGGGCGCCUGCCCUGGCCUGCUCCACUUACUUGUUUGGCCUUCGGGCUUCUCUCUCAGGAUCUCUGAUUAUAUGGUCCCUCAGCCCUGAGCUUCAGUCACACCAGUGGGCACUGGAGCUGGGGUACACCUGGGGCCUGCUCACCUUGCCCACACAUCUCUACAGCCAGCUGGGGCUCCACCCACGAACCGGGCCUCCACUUUCUCCUGCUUCCUGAAGCUGGACACAGACUUGCACACACAUCUAUGCCCAGGGUGUCACGUGUGUGUUGCAGCCACAUCAGACCAAAUGUGUUGUUUCCUAGGAGGCCAGGGCAAGGAUCCAGCUUCCUUCUCAGAAAAGGGGGAGGCAAAGGCUUCGGGCUCUUGGCCAAGGCCUUGUACCAAUGGCACCAAUAAAACUGCCCUGGCUGGGGCACAGGUGGGCA